AUGGCUCCUCGGCCCGACUUCGCCCUUCAAAGGGGAGGGGCGGGGCCUAAUCGUGGCUCUGAUGCUUCCAAAAAGAGUACGGUUCUCGCUGUGCCAGCAUUCAUAGAUCCAACUGCGGUGGAUGACGAUGAGGAUAGAAAACAUGUCUACGAACCAUCCACUAUUGAAAAGAUCAUCAACAUAGCGUUAUGCAGAGGAGAUCUCGCCAAUCAAGUGUUGGAAGUAAAGCCAGUCUCUAUUGCUGGAUUGUUCCGAUAUGCCACAAGAUGGGACAAUUUUUGCCUUUUCAUUGGCCUAAUAUGUGCUAUUCUCAGUGGUGUGUCACAGCCUGUAUUAGCCUUAGUCAGUGGUCGUAUCACCAAUGUUCUAUUGGUUUAUCCGCCAACGUCGAAAGAAUUCCGUAACAAAGCCUACGAAAACGUAUAUAUAUUCCUUGGAAUUGGAGUGUUCAUUUUUAUCACAAAUUUUAUCCAGUUUAUGUGCUUUCAUAGCUGUUGCACGCGAAUCAUAGCCAAAAUGCGUCAUGAGUAUGUACGAGCAAUACUGCGUCAAAAUGCUGGAUGGUUUGACAGGAAUCAUUCUGGAAUGUUGACGACGAAACUAAAUGACAAUAUGGAACGAAUUCGUGAAGGAAUCGGUGAUAAACUUGGCCUACUGCUGCGUGGUUGUGCUAUGUUCAUCGCUGCCGUCAUAAUUGCAUUUAUUUACGAAUGGCGUCUAGCAUUUAUGAUGCUUGGAGUAGCACCAGCUACCUGCUUUGUCAUAUACUCAGCCGAAUUAAACCGCGGUAAGGUCUACGCCAUAUGGAAAGGAUUCUGGAGUGGCUUCCUUGGCGGAUUGUUCUUCUUCGUCCUUUUCGCCUUCCUCGGCUGUGGCAUGCUCUAUGGAGGCUACCUGCUCAAAGUGGGUAUCAUCAAAACUCCGGGGGAGGUGUUUAUAGUCGUUAUGUCAAUGCUUCUGGGCGCAUACUUCUUGGGCUUGAUUUCGCCCCAUUUGAUGGUUUUGCUUAAUGCUCGUGUGGCUGCUGCCACCAUCUACCAAACAAUCGAUAGGGUGCCAAAAAUCGAUAUCUACUCCCCGCUUGGACGCAAGCCAGACAACGUAACGGGACGAGUUGUUUUUGAAAACGUGCAUUUUAGAUAUCCUAGCAGGAAGGACGUGAAGGUCCUGAAUGGCCUUAAUCUCGUUAUUGAACCCGGUCAAACUGUAGCUCUUGAACCCUGUCUCUUCAACGAUACGGUAGAAGGAAACCUUAAAAUGGGUAAUCCUCAUCUUUCCAUGGAGCAGAUGGUCUACGUGUGCAAGAUGGCAAAUGCUCACGAUUUUAUCGUUAAAUUACCAAUGGGUUACAAUACUUACAUCGGAGAUGGUGGAGUUCAACUGUCUGGAGGUCAAAAACAACGCAUUGCCAUUGCAAGGACAUUGGCACGCGAUCCUAAGGUACUCCUGCUGGAUGAGGCUACCAGUGCACUGGACGCUCAAAGUGAAAGCAUUGUUCAGUCAGCGCUUAACAACGCAUCACGUGGUAGAUCGACUAUAGUAAUCGCUCAUCGUUUGUCAACAAUUAGAGACGCAGACAAAAUUGUUUACUUUGAAAAAGGACAAAUCGCAGAACAAGGCACCCAUGAGCAACUUGUCGCACUACGUGGAAGGUACUAUGAGUUAGUUAAAGCGCAGCAAUUUAUACCUGAAGCGGAGGAGGUGGAGGAGGAAGAUAUUGAUUUGAACGAUGAUCCUCCAGCCGGCUAUCAAAUGUCUCGACAGUCAACAUUAACGGAGACAAAAAGAUCGGGCUAUGAUGCUUUUGUUCGUGGGCAGUCGAUUAACGAUUCAUUUGGAAGACAGUCCUAUAAUGCAGAAGCUGAUGCUGCAAAUGAAGCGCAUGCUCUGGAAGUCCAAAAGGUCAUGGAAGAGGUUGCCUUGCUAGGCCUUGGCAUGUUGAUCAUACUGGCUGCUUCGAUGAUUAUGUUAGCGCAUACAAUUAUGACGAAAAAUAUUGAGUUGAUCAAAAAUGAUGAAGCUGGCCGGCUUGCUAUCGAAACGAUCGAAAAUGUUCGCACAAUACAAUUACUCACUCGAACCUCGCACUUCUACACACGCUACGAAAGCGCUAGCAAACAUCAAAAGCGAUCUGAGCUGACCAAAGGAAUUUUCGAAGGAAUAAACUUCACAAUUUCACAGUCGUUCACCUACAUCAUGGUGUGUGUAUGCUAUGCUCUUGGUAUUCACAUUAUCUACAAAGGAGAUAAGACGUCGGAUGAUGUUUUCAUCAUGAUCUACCGUAAACCAAAAACUGGUAACGCAGAACUGGGAGAGAAAGCGGAAAUUCGCGGCAAUAUCAUGUUUGAAGACGUGAAGUUCAGCUAUCCUCAACGUCCACGCCAACCAGUAAUGCGUGGUCUGCAAUUCUCAGCUCAAAGAGGUCAAACUGUAGCACUAGUUGGACCAUCUGGUUCUGGAAAAUCCACCAUUAUUUCAAUGCUGGAACGAUUCUAUGAUACUAAUGGUGGCCAUGUGGCUGUGCAAAAGGCUCUAGAUUUGGCUAGAGAAGGUCGAACAUGCAUAACCAUAGCCCACCGAUUGUCAUCGAUUCAAAAUGCCGAUUUGAUUGUUUACGUGGAAAAUGGUAAAGUGCGAGAAUCUGGUACACAUUCACAGUUGAUGCAUCAGAAAGGACGAUACUAUAAUUUGAUCAAGAAACAAGACCUAGCGACUUGA